UAAAUACUCACAACUGCCUCACCUCUUCCAGAACAUAGCCCAUUUAGCUUUCAUUUUGCGUAUAUUCUACUCUCUCACUCUCCUCUGCUUAUCACAAUGGCUCUUGAGAUUGCUGUCAAGGCUGCCGUUGGUGCCCCUGAUGUUCUUGGCGACUGCCCUUUCUGCCAAAGGGUUCUUCUAACGUUGGAGGAGAAGAAAGUACCUUACAAGUUUCACCUCAUCAGUUUCAGCGACAAACCCAAAUGGUUUACCGAAGUGAAUCCAGAGGGAAAGGUGCCUGUGGUGAAGUUCGAUGACAAAUGGGUGGCUGAUUCUGAUGUGAUUGUUGGGAUUAUUGAGGAAAAAUACCCUGAACCUUCUCUCAAAACUCCUCCUGAAUUUGCUUCUGUGGGAUCAAAGAUAUUUGGUUCAUUCGUGACAUUUGUGAAGAGCAAGGAUCCCAGUGAUGGGUCAGAACAGGCUUUGGUUAAUGAGCUGAAGGCAUUGGAUGAGCAUCUUAAGGCGCAUGGUCCAUAUAUUGCCGGGGAGAAGAUCACUGCCGCAGAUCUAAGCUUGGCACCAAAACUGUUCCAUCUCAAGGUGGCCCUUGGCCAUUUCAAGAAGUGGACUGUUCCUGAAGACUUGACCAGUUACCAUAAGUACACUGAGCUAUGUGAUCAUUGCUUGCCAGCCUAAUCAUUGCAAUAAGAUGUGGUUCCUGCUUAGUGAGGUUUGGUGGUUAAUCAAAUUGUCCAGAAACUGUGCUUCUGAAGUCAGGCACCAUGAGAUUAGACGCAGUGCUAAUCUCUUCUCCCUUCAGCACACCACCUGUGUGUGAGAAGUCUGCAAUUUUGGGAAAGUUUGUGAAAGUUUGUUCACUGGCAUGCGUCUGAGUCUGUGGUUGUGCAUUUUGAUGCAUUGCAUAAUUCUCAGUGCAAUGCUAUUUUCUGUAAGAAUCAUAACUGACAUUCCUCGUAAGGGCUUGCCUUUGACCGGCAUUGGUGGUAUGGUACAAGAUCAAUCGAAUUUUAUUUUGGUGGAUGUACAAUAAAAUUUGUAUAUGAACCUUUCAAGUACUCACACAGAAUAUCAAUAUUAAGUGCAUUUAGUCUGUUGUCCAAAUAGUGGAGAUGGAAAUCUCUCUCU